AUGGAUCACGGCGGGAGCGGACACGGCGGUAUGGACAUGCCAAUGUGUAGCAUGAACAUGAUCUGGAACUACGACACAACCAACAUUUGCAUCUUAACCUCCUCUUGGCGCAUUACAACCCCGUUCUCCCUCUACCUUUCCCUCACUUUCAUCGCCUUUAUUUCCAUCCUAUACGAAUACCUUCGUCUAUACAUUCGUCGAUUCGACGCUCGGCUUGCACGCAACAACCCCUCCAAUUCCCUUGGCAUACAUCGCCGCCGAACCUCUCUCCUCCCAACCUCAACCUCGUCUUCUUCCAGUGGAUCAGAAAGGAGGGGUGUUGGUACCUCCAAAAGAAGAGCCGCUACGGUGGGUAGAGAGGAUAAUGGAGGGAGAAAUGGAUGGGUAAAGGAGCUAGAAACGAGCAAAAAGGUGCAGUUGUGGAGAAGCGGUCUGUAUGCGAGUUCGGUAGGGAUAAGCUUUUUGUUAAUGUUGAUCGGGAUGACGUUCAACGCCUUCGUAGUGGGGGCUAUUGUUAUAGGCGCCGGAAUGGGACAUUACUGGUUCAACCGUGACCUAAAAACUGCUGCUACAUUGGGCGAAGAUGAUGCUGGGCUAGGAUGUCAUCUCUAA